CAGGUAUAUUUACAGCAAGUUGUCCACGUGAUCGAGCGCCGUGAGUGGAGACGCGUCUCAUCGGGGAUUCGUACUCGGCUAGUACUUAACUCAAGUCGCAGCGCUUGUAGGCCAGACGUCAUGGCGUACUUCUUUGCCUCACCAGUCGACGUCGACAUCAAGUUGGAAGGGGAGGAGUUGAGAAAGCAGGUGGACAUGAAGACGGACAAAGACAAAACUAUAUCGUGUCCUAUUUAUUACGAUGGCGACUCAAUAAGCGGCCAGGUAACAAUACGUGUGAGAGACGGCAAGAGGGUAACCCAUGACGGUAUUAAAGUCGAAUUCAUUGGAAGUAUCGAUCUGUUCUACGACCGAGGGCACCACCACGAGUUCUUGUCUUUGUCCCAAGAUUUAGCUGCUCCAGGUGAUUUACGCCAAGCCCAGACGUUUGACUUCUUCUUCAAGAAUGUGGAGAAACAGUACGAGAGUUAUCAUGGGAUAAACGUUAAAUUACGGUAUUUUGUUCGAGUAACUGUGUCGCGCCGGCUAGCAGAGGUCACAAAAGACAAGGAUAUAUGGGUUCACUCGUACCGCAUGCCACCUGACAGCAACAAUGCCAUCAAGAUGGAAGUCGGCAUCGAGGACUGCUUGCACAUCGAGUUCGAGUAUAACAAGUCGAAAUAUCAUCUCAAGGACGUCAUCGUUGGCAAGAUUUAUUUCCUACUCGUACGGAUCAAGAUCAAGCAUAUGGAACUCUCCAUUAUCCGCCGGGAAACCACCGGAUCUCCACCGAAUCAGUAUAACGAGAGUGAGACCAUUACCAAGUUUGAGAUCAUGGAUGGUGCUCCAGUGCGGGGCGAAACCAUUCCCAUUCGACUUUUCCUCGGUGGUUUUGACUUAACGCCCACGUUCCGUGAGGUGAACAAGAAGUUCAGCGUGCGGUACUACCUCAACUUAGUUCUUGUCGACGAAGAGAAUCGACGAUAUUUCAAGCAACAGGAAAUCACGAUCUUUAGAAUCCCAGAGAACUAGCCUUCUUGCAAUAAGAGUAGUUAAUGUAAUUCUUGUCCUUGUGAACAGGGGUUGUACCGUUGUAGUAGAUAUUCCCACACUACUGUUAGUUUGCGGAGGAAAAUCAUCAUCGUAGCGCCA